UUUCAAGGUGGGGUAGGUGAUAGUAACUUACUUUUCUGUGUCCCCACAAGGUUGAUUUUUUGCCACAAGAGCCUGUCCUGAAUGUGUUCAACAGCCAACUAUGUUCUCCCCUUGAGGAGAGCCUGUGAGGUAUUAGCCACUCCAGGCAGGCUGUGUGGUGGAGUGUCCAUGCCAACUAAUUUCCCUGGAGCUAGGUCCCAUGGAGCUCCUCAGGACACAGAUAUGGAUAUGGCUUGGCAGGAACUGAUGGCCAUCACAGAGCUGCAGGAGUUUGAAGCUCCUGGCGAAGGCUCCUACGCUCCAACGCAGUACCAAACCAUGGAGCCCAUGGUCCCGAUGGGGGGAUAUGGAAUGGCCCAGUCCCAUUCUGAGCCUGCACCUGCUGCUUGUCAGCUCGGCACCGCUGACAUUUAUGAGGGAUGCUACUCUGAGGAAGUGCCUGUCUGUCAUCGUCUAGGCAGCAGUGCAGAGGCAAUGUAUGGACACUCCGAAUCUCAGCUCAAUCAAAGAAUGCCCACUAUCUCCUCUCAAACACAGCACUCACUUAUGGCUUUUAGGGAACAGAUGAACAUGUCAGGUACCAGUCAGGGGCACAGAAGGGCCAAUGCCUGUCUUACUCAGGGUCCAAGUCGGCACAUGCUGUGGAAUACACAUGGACAUGCUCGUUCAGCUGAUGAUCUAGAGUCAGACUCUGGUUUGUCUCUGGGUUCUAGCCCACCGAUGGCUUCUCCAGAUAAUGCUGUUGGUGCUGCCCCAGGUUACCAGGGUGCAGACAUAGGCAUUACAUAUAGCGAUGGUGAACCAGACAGCAUGACUGAGCAUGCCAGAAGAGCACACAUCCAUUACCCAAUGGACUACCAGAAUCAAUCUCACUCAUAUUUCCACUCAGGUGCACACCACUCUUAUUUCUCACCCCAACCUAAUGCUUUGACACCUCGGUCAGUGAAACAGUCUCAGGUUGCCACUGUCAGUGACAUGUUCAAUGACUCUGGAGUGUCCAACAGAGGGAGCUCACACACCAACAUAUACACAAAGCCACAAGGAAGUGUCUCUACUCCUGCACCGCUGAGCAGGGAUGAGAGACGGGCUGUGGCUUUGAAAAUACCCUUCCCCAUGGAUAAGAUUAUCAAUCUGCCUGUGGAUGACUUCAACGAGCUCCUGACACAGUAUACUCUGACAGAAAAUCAACUAGCACUGGUUAGGGACAUUAGACGGAGGGGGAAGAACAAAGUGGCAGCUCAAAACUGCAGGAAGAGGAAGCUUGAGAGCAUCAUUCACCUCGAAAGAGAACUGGGCCAGCUGCAAGCCCAGAGAGAGAACCUGGCACGGGAAAGGCUUGAGUUCCAGCAUAGCUUGGGUUUUAUUAAAUGUCGUCUUACUGACCUCUAUGCAGAAGUGUUUUCUCAUCUACGAGAUGAAGAUGGACAACCAUAUUCAAUAGAUGAGUACUCCCUACAACAGACACCUGAUGGUAAAAUCUAUUUGGUACCUCACACCACUAUGCAAAAGAGGGAGCAAUGCUGAACAUGUAGGAUACAUGCUUUCAUUACUAAUUUAUUCUCUUACAGAAGAAAUACUGUCUUAUUGUGCCAAC